AUGGAGAGGGAGAAAACAUCAACGCGGGGAGGAGAGGAAGAAGAAGAAGAAGAAGAGGACUUGGUUUGCUUGGACGGGUCGUUCUUCGUAAAUCGCGAGUAAGUGAGCCAUCUAUGCCGGAUGAUGCCAGUGGAUUCUCGCUCAAAACUCUGUGGUUGGUUUGUUUGGCAGCUACGAGGUCACCUCGUUCACGUUCGGGUCUCAUGUCAUCGAACUGCUCUGUCUGCAUUCUGCUUCCAGUAUGCAUCCCUAAUAUAUCUUUUUUCUCUUCCUUAUGAUCACAGUCGCAUUUAUUUAGUGUGUUAUUUUUCGUGAGCAGAAUUUGUGAAAAUGUUUUGGGAAAAUUCAUUGUAUUGUCUCCUAGAAGGCCAGUAUUCUGUGGGCAAGCCCCUGAAAUAUAUAAAAAAUAAAAUAAAAAAUAAAUUCUAUAGUUCAAACUCUAGGGCUGAAAGUGAAAGUCUCUUGCAUGCUUUGGGAGUGCUACUACGCAUCAGCCAAGAGAGAUCCAUUGAAUCCGUACCGUUUCAUCCCACAGCUUUUCGGUGAAUCCCUAGUUUUGAAGGGAACAACGGAUGAAUGUUUGGAAGAUAAUAGGGCGGUAGUUUCAUGGAGCCAGAUGAAAAAUGAGAUCGCCGAAGCUCUUAACAUGGGUAGCUGUUUCCCAAGAAAGAUUUUUAUUUUUUAAAAGUAUGUUCUUAAGUGAACCAAUCAGUAAAAACUAUACAUGAUGUUGGCUCUUGAUGUGUGGUUUGUGGUGAAUUAGGAGGAACUUAGUACGAAUAAUGUCGAAUGGAAUCCUCUCCAGUGGGGUGUAGGUUGUCUUCCUGAUCUUCCAUUCAGCUUUCUGCGCAGUUAUUUGUGCUAUUAUUUCCCUUUUAAAGGUAGAAGGUUAAUUUUAGCAUGUUAUUAAUUAGCUAAAAAAUUUGCUAAAUUCAGACGCAGCCAAAAAUCAGGAGUGUGGCUGCUGAAAUGUAUAUGUUUUGUGAAUCUUGGGCCCGGAGCUGGGAAAAACGUGAGCAUGUUCUAGCAAGUUUUGUUUCUUUUUUCGGAUUGCCCAUGCACCAAGUAUUUUGCAAAUUUCUUCAUAUUUUCUCGGCUUAGAGAUGGUGGGGCUGGGCUCAUAUUUAGGAGCCAGCGAAGGUUUUUGCUUCUAUUGAAGGUAACUUAUCAUUCAUUUAUUCGCUAACCAGAUGUUGGCAGCCGAUUAUGAUCUUACAGGACAGUUGGUAUGGCCAGGAGCUGUUCUUCUGAACAAUUACCUGUGCAAGAAUGAAGACAUGCUCAAUGGGUGCUCAGUGAUCGAACUUGGCUCCGGCGUAGGUAAGUCAAUUGUCUAUGAGAUAUCAUCCACUGCUUCCUGGCUCAGUUCAGCGCAGAGCUUAUUUGCUUUUUAAUUUUUUAAUUUUUUAAUUUUUCAGGUAUUACUGGGAUACUUUGCAGUAAAUUCUGCCGCGAGGUUGUAUUAACUGACCACAAUGAUGAAGUUCUUGAGGCAAGUUUCCUAAGAAGGGCCCACCUUUUUUGGUUAUUCAGCUACUCCGUUUAUUAAAGAGAUUUUAAUCAUGGGUUGAUUCAAUUAAUAAUUUUUAUUUUUAUUACGGUAUUUAUGUUAAUAGAUGAAUUAUGCAAAAUAAGUUGCGGAGACCGUAAUGUUAUAUAUGUGAAGACUGGUCUCUUUAAGGGAAACACUCUUUUUGAAGAGGUGAGAACCAUGGCCUCGUCUAAUUUACCUUUUAUUUUCUCUUCUGUAUACCUUGUUUGUUUCAAUCCAUACAAUGCCCCACACCCAUUUUAAAAAAUAAAUAAUAAUAGCAAUAAUAAUAAUGAUGAUGAUGAUAAUAAAAAUAAUAAAAAGAAUGGUCAUUGGGGAUGUGCAACAGCGAGGUGCCCUCAGGCUAAGAAGAAAAAUGAAAGUGGGCAGAUUUAAUGAGCUAGCCUAUGUGAUUGGUCAUUUUCCUUAUUUGCGCCUUUGAAUUAAUUUCUGAACUGGUUCCUAAUUUUAUUUUUUUAUUGAAUUACAGAUCUUGAAGAAAAAUAUAGAGCUUCAGGCAUCCUCAGGAUCUCCAUCCACAGCUGGUGAGAACCUUUUAUGGAGAUCCUGAGAAUAUGAUGUCACCUUUCUCCGUUUUUAUUACCAGUGACUACAUACCUGGUUCCCCUAGAAAGUUUGAACUUAUGGAAAGGGCAGUUACCUUCCUAACCCAUUGUUCUCUCACAGCAUUAAAGGCCAAGAAGUUGGAGUGGGGAGACGCAGAGCAUAUGACCCGGAUCCUUGAGGAAUUCCCAGCUGGUUUUGAUAUCGUUCUAGGAGCCGACAUUUAUAUCCUUUUAUUCUCUCUCUCUCUUCAUUGGGUGUUUAUAUAUCCAAAAAAUAAGCCCUAUAGUUCUCGUUGACUGCUAAUAAGCUUUCAGCAAUCCAACAUUCCUCCACUUUUUUCCACUGUGAAGAAGCUACUCGGACUCCAUGGACCGCAGUGCCGGUUCAUCCUCUCAUACAUAUCUCGAAUUAAGAUGUGGGUACUGCUUUUCUUGACCACAAUCCAUAUUAGUACGAAGCUCACCAAAAACUAUGGUUGGCUAAAACAUUAUUCACAUUCUAUCUUUAGAGAAAAAGGAUUGCCGUUGGUUUGAACUCCGUAUGAACACUGAUUAAUCCACAGUAUAUGGGUAUAUGAGUCUCCAAGUUACUAACUUGGGCCACUGACUUUAGAAUGAAUAUGUGCCCUUUGUACCAUUUUCCAUAAUCCACAUUUACAGGAACAUCACCAAAUGCAUUAUUGUUCACCUUUUAUCGUAGACGAUUGAUGAUUGUUGGUGGUGGAAGCACUAGAUCUCAAUUGAUAUUUUUUCUAUAAAUAGUGAUUGAUGUGGCUUCUAUGGGGUCUAUGACCUUCCAAGAUACCACCGUAAGCCAGGUGACUUAUGACUGAAUAUGUUCUGUGUUCCAAUUAUGCAGCAUGGAUGAGAUGGUGAUCAGUGAAGCUACCAAGCAAGGAAUGAAGGUGAAGGAAGUACCUGAGACGAGAGCAGUGAUCAGUAAUCUUGAAGGCGUCAUUUUUGAGAUCUCCCUCGCCUGA